GACGAAGCACGUGCGAGAGAACCCACGAAGCGUGAGUGACCCGACCGACGAACCAACCCUGAGAGAGAGAGAGUUACCAUCCGCAGCGUGCAUGGCCCGCACUAAAUAUUGAGCUUUUCGAGCUAAAUAUUCAGCUUUUCGUGAUUUUGCAUACCUGUCAGUUAGUUGUGCGCUAGGGUAUAACGCAAAUAGUUGCCCAAUUAUUUUGUCAUUUGAAAAUCCGUUUUUUCGCGUUGAAAUAUUUAAUUCUUAUGUAAAUGAAUAGAAAAAGUAGAUUUAUAACAUUUACAAUACUUAAUUUGAAUAAACAAAACAUUAUACCAUAAUUUUUCUUAUAAAUCCCAAAAUAUGUUCAUGGGCAACAAUGCGACAUGAACCUUACAAGCAGCGCAGCAUAAAUAUACACAAACAGUUGUCAAACGCUCUGGUGGAUGGUGCACUUUGUUUCUGCUGCUGGUUUGUCGAGUUAACUUGGAGCUGAAAUGGGCUGCAACAAAUCCGGUGAAAAUUCUAAUGAAAUGGACGUGGAGUGUUUGGAGGAGGAUGAACCGUUUGUUCUCCGGGAGCCGGGCCACAGCAACGAUGGUACGUCAUACACUACGCCAGAUAUCAAACAUUUCGACGACGAAGACGACCCGGAAGAUGACCGGAAGCUGUUUUGUUUUCCUGCGACGGUUUACAUAAGGAACUUCAAGGGCCACAAAACUGGUCCGUCCAUUGGAAAAGUAUUUGUGAAUUGCGACAAUCCGGAAGAAGUGAUGUGUAGUGUUUGGAACUACUGUGAAAGCUACGUUCGCCGAGAAGCUGUUUUCGAACCCGUCAUUGGAGGUGAUGCCAACAAAUACACCGUCCAUUGGCACGCAAAUGACACACCCGAUCAAGAAGACAUGGACAAGUUCAUCACUUUCCAGGCAAAAGCAUCCAAACGCACAUACAAACCGUCGCAGCUACUCGAAAAGCCGGAGAAAAUGCAAAAAUUUCUCAACAAGGACGUGAAUGUGUUCGUACAUGUUUACUCGGAGUCUGUAGCAUCAUCCAAUAUGUACGAUAUCCUUCGCACGCAGCUAUUGAAGCCAGAAGAGCGUGACCGUGCUGGCGCGGCCACUAAUCAAUCGAUUUGGAGUUUGGCGGAUGAGCUGAAAGCAACAUACGAAAGCUCGUACAGAUCGUCGGACAUAAAUUGGUCCGUUUGGGCUUCGUUCCUGUUGACAAAGGACACAUUCGAACGAGAAGAGUUGAAAACGCGAGGACCACCCCAUCAUCUGAUCCACCUAUUCCAAACUGUGCCUUCUGGUCCUGAAAAACUGUUGGUCAAUACUCGUAAGGAUUUGUGCAUUGCCCAAAAUGUUAACAGAGGUUUUAAGGAGCAGUUGGACAACCUGAAGAAUGAUUUGGAGCUGCUGAUGAGUAACGCGAACACGAUGCACAUUCGGCUAAGUGCGUUAUGCGCAAUGCAAGCAACCAACGAAUCCUUGCUGGCGGAUGUUAGUGGCAGUGUUGCAGCCUCUGAAGAUGGGUAUGGAAGGGAAUUAGCCGAGGAAGUUGUUGACGCAGCGGAUAUUGAUCAUAUGUAGUGUAAUCGAUCACCUAAAACAUUUUCCAAAAUCAAAUGUACAGUGGAUAUGAUUCAAUGAAAUAAAAGACGUUGAUUUCAAUAAUCUCUUGGGUUUAUUUCUGGAUGUAAUUCAAUCAUUCAUUUUCGAAUCCCAUUGCUUUUACACUCUGAUUCAAUCCAAUAGCUGGAUUGAAAAUGCCUCCUGGUAGGUAUCCACAUUUUCGAAAAACUUGAGUAGAGUCAAAUGUUGAAUAUUGAUUUAAUGUAGCGGAAAUCACAGUAGUUAAAUUAGCUGCGCUGUUUUCUUUGUAGUUACGUUGCAAACUCUUCUUACAGUAACCAAAGAUAAACUCUAUAGGAUUGAAAAAAGGUGUAUACGGCGGUAAGAAGAUCACGUGAAUUCCCAUCGAGCGCAGGUACUCCACGAUGCGAUGAUGGCAGUGGAUCUUGGCCCCGUCUAAAAUCCAUACUGAAUGAAAUCCAGGGUAUCUGUUUACUGCCCCACUAUUCGCAAAACUAUGGCAGCACUCAAAGAAUUUCUGCCUGGUGAAGGUUCCGUCAGUCAUGUACGUAUUCAGAAUUCCAGAUUGUCCAAGGAAACAUAAGAGUGACACUCGAGCUUUCCGAUUGAAUUCUCCACGGAAAAUCAAUUUUUCCCCCACUUUAGCAUAGCCCCUGCUCCUUAGCAUUCCUCGGUUAUCUAGGGAUACUUCGUCCAGAAAACACAGGUUAUGCAGGUUCCAGUUUAUCGAUGCAAGUUCGUUGACAAAGUGGCAAAUUUGGUCCUCCCUCACUUGAAUGGCCCUUCGUUCAAUAGCCUUCCAGGUGUAUCCUUCAGCGUGCAGGAUUCUAGACACCGAAGCAAUACUGAUCGAGCAUUGGAAUGUGCGUUCGAACUCGGAUUUUGCUUCGUCCAAGAACAUUGUCGGAUUUGCCCUGAAUAAAUCGAUAAUCCA